CUCUUCUCCGGUAUUUAAAAGGCAGUCACAGCUGUGGCACUCAGGACAGUUUCUUUUUCCCUGACUAAAGGAAAGAAAGAGCAUUGUUGUUUUCUGGCUAAACAGGUUUGCAGGGCUGCAGGAACAAUGGACUCCCAGCUCACGUUAGCUACGGAGGAGCCCGUUAAGAAAGGCAGUCUCAGGAAAUACAAAAUCCUUUGUGUGGUUCUUCUUGCUCUGCUGGUGAUUGUGUCGCUCGGAUUAGGCCUGGGACUUGGGCUCAGGAAACCUGAACAGCAAGGCAGCUGCAGGAAAAAAUGCUUUGACUCAUCACACAGAGGACUGGAGGGCUGCCGGUGUGACUCAGGAUGCACGGGCCGAGGGGACUGCUGCUGGGACUUUGAGGACACCUGUGUGAAGUCAACUCAAAUAUGGACGUGCAAUUCAUUCCGUUGUGGGGAGAGCAGACUGGAGACCAGCCUCUGCUCCUGUGCAGAUGACUGUUUGCAGAAGAAGGACUGCUGUGCCGACUACAAGACUGUUUGCCAGGGAGAGACCCCAUGGGUGACAGACGCCUGUGCCACAUCCCAGGAGUUCCAGUGUCCAGAAGGGUUUGACCUGCCGCCGGUUAUCUUGUUUUCCAUGGACGGCUUUAGAGCUGAGUAUUUACAAACGUGGAGUACUCUCAUGCCGAACAUCAACAAACUGAAAACAUGUGGAAUUCACUCAAAAUACAUGAGAGCAAUGUAUCCUACCAAAACCUUCCCAAAUCACUAUACAAUUGUCACGGGCUUGUAUCCAGAGUCACACGGCAUCAUUGACAAUAACAUGUACGAUGUGCACUUCAACAAGAACUUUUCACUUUCCUCGGUGGAGAAAAACAAUCCUGCCUGGUGGAGUGGGCAGCCGAUUUGGCUAACGGCAAUAUAUCAAGGUUUAAAAGCUGCUGCUUACUACUGGCCAGGAUCUGAUGUGGCUAUCAACGGCUCCUUCCCUACCAUGUACAGGAAUUACAGCAGUUCUGUCCCAUAUGAGAGGAGGAUCUCUACAUUGUUAAAUUGGCUGGAUCUGCCCAAAGCUGAAAGACCCAGUUUUUAUACCUUAUACGUGGAAGAACCUGAUUCUGCAGGGCAUAACAGUGGACCAGUCAGUGCUGGAGUAAUUAAAGCCUUGCAGUUAGUUGAUGAUGCCUUCGGAAUGUUGAUGGAGGGUCUGAAACAGAGGAAUUUACACAACUGUGUCAAUAUAAUCCUUCUGGCUGACCAUGGAAUGGACCAGACCUACUGUGACAAGGUGGAGUACAUGACCGAUUAUUUCCCUGAGAUAAACUUCUAUAUGUACCAAGGACCCGCCCCUCGCAUCAGGACUAGUAAUAUCCCUCAGGACUUUUUUACGUUUAACUCUGAAGAAAUUGUCAGGAACCUCAGUUGCCGGAAACCCAUUCAACAUUUCAAACCCUACCUGACUCCUGAUCUGCCGAAACGACUGCACUAUGCCAACAAUGUCAGAAUCGACAAAGCUCAUCUCAUGGUGGAUCGGCAGUGGCUGGCUAUGAGGAGCGCAACAAGUUCAAGCUGUGGAGGAGGCACACACGGCUACAACAAUGAAUUUAAAAGCAUGGAGGCAAUCUUUUUGGCACAUGGACCCAGCUUUAAAGAGAACACUGAAAUUGAACCAUUUGAAAAUAUUGAAGUUUAUAAUCUACUGUGUGAUCUCCUACGCAUUCAACCAGCACCAAACAACGGUACACAUGGUAGUCUAAACCAUCUUCUGAAGGCACCGUUUUAUGAGCCAUCUCAUGCCGGGGAACUGUCAACACCUUCCAGCUGUGGCUUUACCACUCCAUUGCCUGCAGACACACUGAACUGCUCAUGUUCUGAGCUGAACUCUACUGUUCAACUAGAACAAGCUAAUCAAAUGCUCAAUCUCACCGAAGGAGACAUCACAGAAACAGUGAAAGCAAACUUGCCAUUUGGAAGGCCCAGGGUGACCCAGGAGAACAAAGAGCAUUGUCUCCUCUACCAUAGCGGAUACAUCAGUGUUGGAAAAGCCAUCAAGAUGCCCAUGUGGAGCUCAUACACAGUUCCCAAGCCGGGAGACACAUCGCCUCUUCCUCCCACUGUCCCAGACUGUCUGCGGGCUGAUGUCAGGGUUCCUCCUUCUGAAAGCCAAAAAUGUUCCUUCUAUUUAGCAGACAAGAAUAUCGUCCAUGGCUUCCUCUAUCCUCCUGCAAUCAAAAGAACUUCUGAGAGUCAAUAUGAUGCUUUAAUUACAAGUAAUUUGGUUCCAAUGUAUGAAGAAUUCAAAAAAAUGUGGGACUACUUCCAUGAGGUUCUCCUUAUAAAAUAUGCUGUGGAGAGAAAUGGAGUGAAUGUAGUCAGUGGACCAAUAUUUGAUUAUAAUUAUGAUGGCCAUUUUGAUGCUCCAGAUGAAAUUACACAACAUGUAGCUGACACUGAUGUUCCUAUCCCAACACACUACUUUGUGGUGCUGACAAGCUGUAAAAACAAUGCCUACACACCCGACAGCUGCCCUGACUGGCUAGACGUCCUGCCUUUCAUCAUCCCUCACCGACCCACCAACAUAGAAAGCUGUCCUGAAAAUAAAACAGAAGACCUCUGGGUGGAAGAGAGGUUUAAAGCCCACGUUGCCCGGGUCCGUGAUGUGGAACUCCUUGCUGGCCUUGACUUUUAUCAGGAAAAAACACAGCCUGUCUCUGAGAUUUUGCAACUGAAGACAUAUUUACCCACAUUUGAAACUGUUAUUUGAAUGAAUGUAUAAAGCAAUUUGACAACAUGAAGAAAUUUUCUGCCAAAAAAAAUCAUAAAAUAAAAUUUUCUAUUUUUCCUUAA